UAAACCAAAAGUGCAAAAAAAUACAAAACUAAACUCGGUUUAACCGAAAUCACUACACUAGUACACCGAUUAGGUCAAGUCAAUUUAAAACGCUCAAAGACGGCGACGCCGACACUAGCGUCCCAGCAGAAACGCCAACCACACCGGAGAAGAUACACAGACGAACCGGAGGAUUUCGCCGGCAAGAAUCCUUACUCAACCAUCAAAACCGGAACCAACAAGCAACAUCGACAAACCAUCUCAAAGCUUAAUCCUCAAUCCGGCCAACGGUGGAUGCCACAACAACCGGAUCGUUAGGGCCAAAACCCACAGCCACCGUCGCUUAAGUCGAAUUACCAACUCCCACGAAACCACCGUCGGCUUGCAGUGGUAUCCCUCCGAAUCACCUCCUCGAUUUCCGCUGCAUCACCGCAUCUAGUACGACACCGACAGAUCUUUGUCUCCUUUCCCCUGUACUCCCACCGCCGUCCUCGGGCGCACGGAGCUUCAGAGUAAUCGUGAGACAUCUCGCUUUCUUCAGAUCCUCUCCACCGCCCCCAAGCAGAGAGUGAACGAGUAGUCGCGAAGGAUCCGCUCCACGCCGCGCACUGCCAGAGAGAAAGAAGCCGAGCCUCUUGAUUCACCUCGAUCAACCAGCCAGAUAAAGCUCAAACAAACAGAGAAGAAAAGAAAGAAAGAAAAACGAAGAUGAGGAGACAGCGGCUACGGCGAACAAAGAGAGAGAGGAACGAUUCUCUUUUCUCUUUCUUACUCGACAAAAUCUGUUUCGACUCUUCUUCUCCGAAUCGCCUCACCGUGGCCUUCACCGAUUCUCGCUCUUUUCGAUCAAAGAGACGUCUGCCGGAGCUAUAUUGGGAGUAAGCGAUUUCAUCUCUGACUCCUCUCUCGUCGAUUUGUUCUGUUAUCUCCAUCUCGGAGAAUUUUCGAUGGUUGUGGUUUGAGUGUGAGAAUGGAAAUGAAGGAGCUUGUGAGGUUGAUAUUGAGACUCAAAUCUCGGAAACUGUCUCUGUAGGAGCACCUCGUUCUGAAACUGAUUCUGAUGAGUACUCGGAUAGUGCAGAGAUGGUUCAGAGGCUUUCAGAAGCUGAUCAUGGAACUGAAUUAAAAGAAUCUGUUUUGGAGGAGACUCUAGUAGAUGACUCUGUCAAAAAGAUCCAAGAGACUUGUGAGGUUGAUGAUUACUCUGAUAGUGCAGAGAUGGUGAUGUUCUCAGAAGGAGAUCAUGGAAUUGAAUUAAGAGAAUCUGAUUUGGAGGAGACUAUAGUAGAUGAUGACUCCGUGAAAGAGAUCCAAGAGACAUGUGAGGUCGAUGAUAACUCUGUUUGUGCAGAGAUGGUGAGGUUUUUAGAAGGUGAUCAUGACAUCAAGUUAAAAGAAUCUGACUUGGAGGAGACUCUGACAGGUGACUCUCUGAAAGAGAUCCAAGAGAAAGCAAAUAGAGAUGAUGAAGUUGUCUUUAUGAUGAAGAACUCAGAAGCAGAUGAAGAGACACUAAAGGAUAAAGCUGAAGAUUACAAAGAGGAGUCUCAGGACCGAAAUGAAGAUGUAUCAAUGAUAGAGGAAACUGCAAAGGUUCCACUUAAGGAAGAAGAGUCAAGUGUCACCAUUUCAUGGACUGUCAGAUGCAAGAAACCCGUUGCAGAGACGGAGGCCUUGAGGGGAUUCAACCCAAGAGAACCCAAUUACCAUGUGAAGAUUAACAACAGCCAAACGUAAGGCUUCAACUUCAGCUUCCAAUGAAGAAGAUGUAGGGAAAAUUGCUCCUAAGCCUUGCAGAAUCUGCCUUCCUUGUUUAUUAUAUAAAAUCCAGGCAACACCUGCUAAUUGUGUCGGUGAUAUCCAAGAAGCAUCAAUAAAACAACAAUAUUGAUCUGCAGCAGUGAUUGCUUCUUGACGAGAUGUGGGUACAUUUGUAGAGCCUGUAAAUAUUCUCACACCUGAAGCUUGUUGUGCUCGUUGCAGAUCAACUUUGGUUUUCUCCAAUGCUUAAUAAUCCUUAAGAAACAUACAUAGGUUUCUCGAAUAAACAUGGCCUGU